AACACAAUUCAGUUGUUAUUUACUUAUUCGUGCGUGAACAAAUCGAAGAGAGAAAAAUUAGAAAAAAACAACCACAACAGCAGCAGCAGCAGCAGCAGCAGCAGGGCCCAGUUCCAUUCAAUUUCAUUAUAUUCAAUGAGAGUAUAGUAGUUCAUAGCCGCAUUGCCUGAAGCUCUAUCUCAACCAUUCCUUUUCCUCAGAUGAGAGUAUUUCCGUCUUCUCCAAGGCAGUGCAUGUGCUCAAGAAGAGACCUCCAUGGCGUCGUCUAUAGAUGUGGACAAGGAAAACUUCCAGCAUCAUGAGGAGAGGCUAGGACUCGAGUCUGCAGAUGACACGGCUCAUCAAAUCAGCCAUGAUCCUUGGUACCAAGUUGGCUUUGUUCUCACAACUGGAGUGAAUAGUGCUUAUAUUUUGGGGUACGCUGGAUCAAUAAUGGUGCCUUUGGGUUGGGUAGCUGGUACUACUGGUUUACUUCUCGCCGCUGCCAUUUCCCUGUACGCUAACGUGCUUCUGGCCCAACUUCAUGAAGUGGGUGGCAAAAGGCACAUCAGAUACAGAGACCUUGCUGGUCAUAUAUAUGGUAGAAAAAUGUAUGCUCUUACAUGGGCAUUGCAGUAUGUUAAUCUUUUCAUGAUCAAUACUGGAUUCAUCAUUUUAGCUGGACAAGCAUUGAAGGCUAUCUACGUUCUCUACAGGGAUGAUCAUGUCUUGAAGCUUCCAUACUGCAUAGCAAUUGCUGGAAUUGUCUGUGCAUUGUUUGCCUUUGGGAUACCUCAUCUUUCAGCUUUGAGGAUUUGGUUGGGUUUUUCAACCAUCCUCAGUCUCAUAUAUAUAGUCACAGCCUUUGUGUUGUCAAUAAAAGAUGGAAUGAAUUCCCCAGGUCGGGAUUACAACAUUCCAGGAUCUCACGCCAGUAAGAUAUUCAGUACAAUCGGUGCUGUUGCUAGUCUCGUUUUUGCUUACAAUACAGGAAUGCUGCCUGAGAUACAGGCGACAGUCAAACCUCCUGUCAUCAAGAACAUGGAGAAGGCACUUUGGUUCCAAUUUACAAUUGGUGUUUUGCCACUGUAUGCCGUCACCUUCAUGGGAUAUUGGGCUUAUGGCUCCUCAACAUCAACCUAUCUCCUUACUAGUGUCAAGGGCCCAGUCUGGGUGAAGACAAUGGCCAAUGUUGCAGCAUUUCUGCAGACAGUUGUUGCUUUACACAUAUUUGCGAGUCCAAUGUACGAGUACUUGGAUACACAAUAUGGACCGGGAAAAGGGAGCGCAUUCUCCAUCCACAAUGUGGGGUUUAGAGUGAUGGUGAGGGGAGGCUACCUUACUAUAAACACACUAGUUGCUGCUCUGCUACCAUUCCUCGGAGAUUUCAUGAGCCUGACGGGGGCCUUGAGCACUUUUCCACUCACGUUUGUUCUUGCAAAUCACAUGUACGUUGUAGCUAGGAAGAACAAGUUGUCACCACUCAGAAAGGCCUGGCACUGGCUCAAUGUUGUGGCCUUCAGCUGCUUAGCUGCUACUGCUGCUGUUGCGGCCUUGAGGCUUAUUGCAGUUGAUUCUAGCACAUAUAAUUUAUUUGCUGAUCUUUAAAAAAUUAUUAUUGUGCCAUUUGUGGAGAUUUGCCUGGCAUCAGUAUUCACUAUAUAUUCAGCAAUAAUAAAAUGCAUGCAAGGUUCUCUCC